UGUAGGCGCAAGCAGGUUAGAAUCAGUAUUCAGGAACCGGACUUCUUUGCUCCCAGUCCCAGGCCAGGGCGGUCGACGUAAUGGAAAGGCCAUCAAAGGAGCCCUGCAAUGCGGAGGACUGCUGCUUUGCUCCAUCGCUGCUCGCUCGAAGCGUUGUUGUGAGGAGUCAGCCCAGGAGGACUCCCACUACGGGUUCAGCAUCAGCUGGUCAAACCUCAGCUGGCGGCAGCUCCGGUUUCCUGCUGUGUUCCAGACCAUGUCUGGUGCUAGCCAGUGCGAAUUUACUGGAAAAUCCUGGCGUGCCCACGGGAAAACUGGACUGGAGAUUCGGAAAUGGAGUUUCCACUGCGAAUGUACGCGAGGCAUAUGCCCCGCACACGUCAUUUGAGGUUCGCACACAGCCUGCAGCCCUGGAUGACCAGCAGCAUACCAGCUACAGCAGCAGGACACGUGACACGCCUGGGACGGGGGAUGAGGUGUGGCACACGGCGUGGCCAUUGUGGCGUAUCCGUGUGGACCGGCACCGGGAGGCUCUCCGCACUGUUCUCACUGCCCUCGCUGCAGGGAAGUCCAGCGACUCCAACGGCGAUUCGGACAAGGAGAGGGUGCAGGCAGAGGAAGCGAUUUCCUCCGCGUCGGACUUCCUCGUUUUGCGUGUGAGCCCCCGCAUGGCACAGCCAUCUGUGAGAACUGGCGCUGCAAACGUAAACUUCAGAGUUCCCAGCGUGGCAGAGUGCAGUGUCGGCACGCUGCGCAAGGGCAUGCCCGUCUGCCUCGUCUCCACCCCAUUUGCUGACGUUUGUCCACGUGUAUUCUCACCAUCUCUGACGCGCGGUGUGGUGAGCAACGUGCUGCGAACCAGAACAUGGACAGACACGUCGCCAAGACCGGUCUCGGGAGCAGUAACAUCAGCGCCACCAUCGGUACAAUCCACUGCCGCGUACAGCUCUGAUAACGACGGUGGCACGUGCACAGACGAAACAAGGCGUCGCGGAACUACUUGUGCACUGCCAGUGCAUGGCCAACCACGUCAACAACACUGCGGCGCUCGUGUGGAGCAAUGCCAUCUCUACCGCUGCCAACUGUCGUCUUGUGUCGCUGCGAGCACUGGGUCAGUGCUGAGAACAUGUUUACUCCAUGAGAAGGCAGCAUUUCUGCAGGCUUCCACUAGCAGUCGAGAAAACGCAGCGUUACAUCUGUGCGAUCGUCUCGCGUGUAAGCCUACGCCUGUGGAUUCUACGCCGCUGUUCAAGUCGCAUCGUAGUGAUGGUCUGCCGCACGCUGUUGAUCGUCAUUUCCACGGGCAUCCAUUCCGGAUUGGUACUGCUCAGCAAUCACAGCCGCAAGCAUCGCAUACCAGCAGCAAUAACAGCAGCAGCACCAGCUGCAGCAGCAGCACGGCUGGUGGAAAUGGCGGCGGUUGUAACGCAUGCCCCGUCGAUGAUGUGAGCAUGGUGCUGACGGACGCGCCGUGCGUUCUGGGCAGCGAAGGCGGAAUGCUCUUGACGUGUCAAGCUAGGCCACGACUUGCUGGCUUCCUCUCCCUGUGCCUGACCGGACAGCCGGGCAAUUGGCUGGGUUUGAGCACAGUGUGUCCCGCCGCCCCACUGCUGCAAGCCGUGCGCGCGCUGCAACGAGGCGGUGGUGAUACGCCGCGGCCCGAAGCCACUCCGCUUGCAGGCGCUCCGUCGUCCCGGCUGGAGUCGUACUCAUCGCAAGCAGUGCAUGCAGACGAGCGCUGUGUGCCACAGAGACUGCCAUCAGCUGUCUCCAGCAGCAGCAGCAGCAGCAGUGACACCACUGGUGGCACCUACAGUUGCCGCUGCAGAGUCACCGGUGAGAGUGACGACGGCGACUAUUUUGACAGCAGCAUCGUGUCCGUGCACUGCGGGUCCGUGUGGUCCAGUGGUGUAGUGAUCAGCCGUCGUCAGCGCCUCCUCCUCACAUGUCGCCAUGCCGUACAGGCCAGCCUGGAGCAACCCGCCAUGCAUGUGACAGUUGCCAGGGCAACACCAAUCAAGCCGCACCGGCAACCGAAUCACCAGCAGGUGCAGUGGCAGUACGACGUCCAGCAACAACAGCAGCAGCAGCAACAGUAUCAUCAUCAUCAGCAGCAGCAGCAUCAGAUCUGUCAGCACGACGACCAUCGCCACCGGCAACAGCACCACCCGCACCAAUCAUCACACGACCAUCCCCGUGGCAACAGUAUCAGCAGUGCCGUAGCAAGCAUUCUGGCAAGUACUGGCAGUGAUAGUGGAGUUGAUCUAGCCAUUCUGCAGCUAAACCAGUCUGAUUAUGAACGUCUCCACCUGGAUGAACUACCAAUGCAGAAAUCUAGUGGUGUAUCACCCGGUCACCCGGUACUAGCUGUCGGCUAUCCACUGCUGGCACCGGACUCCAUUCCGUCGCCGACAGUUACCAGUGGCAUUGUCAGUUGUGUGCACGCAACCAGACAUUGUGUAUCCGCUGCGGUUGCUGAUGUUCACAGUGAUGUGGCCUGGUAUCAGACGAGUGCCGGCGUCAAUCGCGGUGCGAGCGGUGGAGCGCUCGUGAGCUCCAGGACGGGAGAGUUGCUCGCGAUCCUCUCCAGCAAUAUGCGCAAUGGCGAGGGUGCCGAUUACCCUCACUUGAACUUCUCACAACCCGUUCACGCACUAACCGUGGCCCUGGAAAACUUUGAUCAAACUGGUGAUAUAGCAAUUCUUCGAGGUGCCUUGCAGCGUCUUGAGGCUAACUACCCUCCUGGAGGUCCUGAUGCUUUGCUGUCCCGCAGCAAGCUCUGAGCUGCUGCUCGAAACCAUGACACGGUGCUCCGAGAUGCUCGCCGUGACGGCCGGACGCACACUCCAUCGAUGUGCUUCCCACAGCAGUGCGGCUACUGGUGAAGGUCGGUGUCGCUGUUCGGUGGGCACUUGGGAGUCCGCUCUCGGAGGUCAGUGAUUGGACAAGCAUGCAGUCCCAUGGUAACAUACUGCCCAGCGGCCACUGUUUACAAACAGCAGGGUGGACAACAGCUUGAGCUUUUGUUCUUAAAUUAAUCUCAUCCACUAGAAAGACUUCGCUUAGCAGCAUCCGUACAGACGUUGAUGCUAAUGCCGUGUCAAAUUCCUAUUUUUUAACGUUUUUACCUUUCUCGUCGUGACUGCAUUUUCAACAAAGAUAGCUAGUGUGAGGGGCCCUCCAUUUCAUUAUUAUUUAUUUUAGACUUUUUACUCUUACUUGGCUGGGAUCCUAUUCAACUUCCUGAAGUUAAUGAUUAGUUUGAUUGCGGCUUUCUAUGUAUCUCUAAUUGACAAAUCCUCUCCGUCGCGAACGCCGUGAUAGUGCUUCCACAUCUGUUGUCAUGUGGCUAAACC